AUGGGUGCACUUGAAAGCCUCAGCUCAGAAAUGAGAGAAGCAGAAAUCCUGAGCUACUCCAACAAUUUUGAUCUUCCAUUGAUCAACACUACCUUUCUUCAUCCACUCUAUGAAGAAGAAGACCAAGAAGAUGACACCCAUCAUCAUCAUCAUCCAUGCUUGCAGCCUUGUCAAUAUUGUGACCCUCUCAUCAUCUCCUCCCUCUCUGAGAUGUUGACACCCCAAGAUUUGGACCCCGCGUACUACUCAUACCCAAAGCGCCAGAAAUGCCAUGGAAAUGAUCAAUGUCUCUAUGAUUUUACACCAACUUUGUUUGAUGGGUUUUUACCUGACUUCUUCUCAUCCCCCAUGCCCCAACCCCAACAAACCAAAAUGAUCUGUAGUGAAACAAGUGUGUCGUCGCAGAGCAUUGCGGCUCGGGAAAGGAGAAGGAAGAUCACUGACAAGACUCAAGAGCUUGGGACCCUCAUUCCCGGGGGCAACAGGAUGAACACAGCUGAGAUGCUCCAAGCUGCUUCCAACUAUGUCAAAUUCUUGCAGGCCCAAGUUGGGAUUCUUCAACUCAUGUCCUCUUUCCAGUUGUAUGACAGUUCAUGUACUAGAAGGAUCAAUAUUGGUUUUGCAAUCUAUGAUAAGGAAAAUGAUUCUGUGCAGGAAAUAAAUGGUGCAUCACCCAGGGAAGAAAUGCAAGUCAUCCUCAAAUCCCCAUCGGUUCAAGAGAAGCUAUCUUUGGAGGACAAGUGCUUGGUCCCAAAGGAGCUUGCCAAAAUGUUAUCAAAACAUUGUGACAUCAAAUCUAACCCUUCAAUUUCUAAUGAUCUCAAUCAGCUGCUAAGGUCGGAGAAUUGACAAGGCGGCGGCGGCAGCAGGAUAUGUUCCACUUAUGUGUUUUACUUGUACGAGUUUUUUCUCCAAUUAAUUUUCUUGUAAAUAUCUUCGCAGUCGACUUUGAUUCAUCUGAUGGUUAAU